AUGACAACAGCAGCCCGUCCGACUUUCGAGCCUGCAAGGGGUGGUCAGGGAAAAAACGAAAAAGAUCUUAGCGUCAUUUCCAGGCAGUAUUCCAGUAGGGAUUUACCGGGUCAAACGAAAUUAAAAUAUAGGGAAUACGGACAGGGAACAAUCGACGAAAUUAGGAUCCGAAAUUUUAAACGAGAACUAGAAGAACGUGAACGUGGAAAAAAUUCCAACAAAAGGUUGAAAUUACAUCAAGUUCCAGCUGCGAGUUUAGACGCGGACGAUCCUCUGGAUGAAGAAGAUUCCGAAUCGAGCGAUGACGACGACGACGCGGCUUUACUCGCUGAAUUGAAUAAAAUAAAAAAAGAACGAGAAGUCGAUAUCGCGAAAAGAGAAAUUAAAAGAAAACAGGAAGAGGAAAGAGUUCGAAUUGAAAAUAUUUUGAGCGGAAAUCCCCUAUUAACGCAUUAUUCCAUGGGUGCAAAUGAGGUAAACCGCAAAGUUAGAAGGAGAUGGGAUGAAGAUGUUGUUUUCAAGAAUUGCGCCAAGACAGAACCCGAAAGAAACCCGAAAGUUUUUAUAAACGACUCUGUGAGAUCGGAAUUUCAUAAAAAGUUCAUGGAAAAAUAUGUUAAAUAA